UAAGGAAACAAACAGCCAGCGAAUGGAUAUGCCAAUAAUUAAUGAAAAACGUAAACGAAUGCGCGGAGUCCUUUGGGUUUCCGAAACUAAAUGUGGUUAGAUUUGUUCAUGAAUGAAUGGAGGAAGAUUCGUUGGGCGGACACCAACAUAAAUUAGCAGAUCCGCCUUGAAGUUUCUGAAGAGGAAAAGUUCUGCUGAGGAGGGCAGUAGUGAAGAUGGAACCAUGGCUUCCCUUCUGUCUCGCUCUCCUGUUCUGCUUGUCUCUCACGACCACUCAUGCAGAGAAAAAGUCGUAUAUUGUGUACAUGGGGAAGCAUUCUCACUCAUCACUUGAGGCCGUGGAUCACGAUCUUGUGAGAGAAUCUCACUACGAUUUCCUGGGGAACUUUCUAGGGAGCAAGGAGAAGGCGAGGGACUCUCUCUUUUACUCCUACACAAACCAUAUCAACGGCUUUGCUGCGCAUCUUGAGGAGGAGGAAGUCGCUGAAAUUGCAAAGGGACCAGGAGUUGUAUCAGUAUUCCCCAACAGGAGGUAUUCUCUUCAUACAACCCGAACAUGGCAAUUCUUAGGCCUCGAAGAAAAUGGACUCACUUUGCCUGGCUCUGCGUGGGAGAAAGCCACAUAUGGUGAAGAUGUGAUCAUCGCAAAUCUCGACACAGGUGUUUGGCCAGAAUCAGAGAGUUUCAACGACGAGGGGUUCGGUCCAAUCCCUGCGAAGUGGAAAGGAGUGUGCCAGAACAGCACUGAUGAGAAUGGUGUUAAAUGUAACAAGAAGUUGAUUGGUGCCCGCUACUUCGACAAAGGCUACAUUAGCUACUAUCAUCAUCCCGAUAACAGGAGCUUCAGCUCUCCCCGCGACAAUGACGGCCAUGGCACACACACUCUGUCUACCGCAGCAGGCAGCACCGUCCGCAAUGCAAGUAUCUUCGGCUUUGCUCAUGGAACUGCAAAGGGUGGCUCGCCCAGGGCUCGCGUCGUGGCCUACAAAGUCUGCUGGAGCUCCAGUGAUGGCGAAGGCACAUGCUUGGACGCCGACAUCUUGGCCGCCUUUGACGCGGCCAUCGGUGACGGCGUCGACAUCAUCUCUGCGUCACUAGGAGGAGGCCCAACGGAUUACAUUAUGGAGGGAUUUGCAAUUGGGUCGUUUCAUGCUGUUAGCAGUGGGAUUUCCGUCGUCGCUUCCGGCGGCAACGAUGGACCUGUGCCGUCCACCGUAUCUAAUGUGGCCCCAUGGAUUUUCACUAUUGCAGCAAGCACAUUGGACAGAGACUUCCCUUCUCAAGUUUCCCUCGGAAAUAACAUCACUCUCACGGGACAAAGCAUUUCUGCAGACUUCCUCCCAAAGGGGCUUUAUCCGUUAGCUGCAGGACAAGAUCUCAAAAUUUCUAAUGCUACAGAAGCUGGCAUGUGUCUUACAGACAGCCUUGAUCCUCAAAAGACAAAAGGGAAGAUUGUGGUUUGCCUUCGUGGAGGGAAUGCAAGGGUUGAGAAAGGUUAUGUAGUGCAGAAAGCAGGAGGUAUUGGCAUGAUAUUGUGCAACAAUGCUGCGAGCGGAAAUGAACUUCUUGCAGAUGCUCACGUGCUUCCUGCAUCGCACCUCACUGCCUCGGAUGGGAAGAAAGUUUAUGACUACAUCACUUCCACAAAGUCUCCUCUAGCAUACAUAGCUCCUGCAUUCACUAAACUGAACUCAAAACCUUCACCAGUCGUGGCUGCCUUCUCAUCUCGGGGGCCUAACCUUGUGACCGAAGGAAUUCUCAAGCCUGAUGUAACUGCACCUGGAGUGAACAUCCUUGCAGCCUUCACAGAGGCUUCAUCACCAACAGAUCUUGCAUUUGAUGAACGCCGGGUAAAGUUCAACAUCGUCUCUGGGACAUCAAUGUCAUGCCCACAUGUAUCUGGCAUUGUUGGCUUGGUCAAGAAGGUUCAUCCAGAUUGGAGUCCAGCUGCAAUCAAGUCUGCAAUUAUGACCACUGCGAGACGACGUGACAACAUGAAAGAACCUAUCCGUGAUGCUGAUCUAGAGAAAGCAACUUCAUUUGCCUAUGGAGCUGGUCAUGUUCGUCCAAACAGGGCCUUGGACCCAGGCUUGGUUUACGACAUUAGCAUCAAUGACUAUGUAAACUUCUUCUGUGCCCUCGGUUACAACUCAUCCAUGAUCUACCCUUUCACUGGAAAGGAAGUUUCUUGCUCUUCUCAAGCAGCCAAGGUUGCAGACCUGAAUUACCCUUCAAUUACUUUUGUUAAUCUUAAUGGAGAAGAAACUGUCUCCAGAACUGUCAAGAAUGUUGGCACACCUGGAACAUACAAAGUUAGGGUCCAGUAUCCACCUGGAGUGACAGUCACAGUCAAGCCAGACAGCCUAAAGUUCGAGAACAUUGGUGAAGAGAAGCAAUUCACAGUGACUGCUAAAGUCAAUAGGACUAGUGAAGGUUAUGUGUUUGGCAGGUUGAUCUGGUCUGAUGGCAAGCACAAUGUCAGGAGCCCAAUCGUUGUCAAGGUUGGUGCACAAUGAGCAUACAGUGCUAUAGACAAUCUGCUGCGCUGAAGCUGCAGAUUCAAAAGUGAUCAUCAGAGAUUGACAACAUUAGACCUUUCUCUUGCUUUGGAUCUUAUUGAAAUAAACAAAUUAUUUGAUUCUCUAUGUACAAACAAUUACCCAUUCUCUGGGCAUGAAUUUGAGUAUUUUUUAUUCA